UUUAACAAGCAGAUUUAACGCCAGAUUCAUAUUAGAUAAAACGUCAUCAAAUCCCAUCCCCUACAAUGUAAGUGGGUGUUUAUUUUAUUAUUAUUAUUUCUAUCUUGUGGUAGCUCUUACAGUGAGAUAGGCUAAUUGCUUCAGCGGUGAGUGAAUGCAGUUGAAACAUCUAUCUACUGAGCCAACAGCCCUGGUUCAACAGAUGUGACCAGGUUAAAAUAACAGGAGAUAAGCAGUGGAAAGAAUAAGUAGCUGCUGCUCAGCUGAAAGGGGCUCCACAUGAUUUAGAAAACCUCCACCUCGAGGAAAUCUGCGCACUUGUGAUAUAUAGGCUAUAUAUUGUUUUUAAAAUGCACCCUGUUGGCUAUUCCAGAUUUGCUCUAUGUUAUGUCGUCGAUUUGAAAGUUGAAGAUAAGGCUCCCAUUUGUAUGUGUGGUGUCGCUGCAGCCCGGUCUGCGUUUGUGGGAGUACCCCUGCACAGGUCCCUUUUGCAGUGCGGAUCCAGUAGUUGGAGUUGUUGUACACACCGAGCGCGAGAGGGAGAGGAGAGAGUGAGAGCGCAGCAGCUGAGUGAAGCAAACAGAGGAAGAAACAUUAGGUUAUCUUCAGAGACUAUCACACAUCGACCUGUCACUUUUAUCGCUUCGAGCCCGAGUCCCGUCUACUUGAAGAGGACCACAGCAACAGCAGCAAGAGCAGCAGCAACAGCAGCAGGAGCCCGGGUCUGGUGUGGUCUGCUCGGGCAGCCGCCUGUGAAAAACUCCCAAACGCGGUCGUCUCAGCUGGCAUGAGCUAACCUACUACACAGACAUGGAAACCAAACCAUUCUUGUCAUUGGGGUUCUUGAAGCCCCAGUGCUCGUUGGCUCCUCCCAUGCAGCGAGGCCGCUCAAUGGAGGCUUGUUCCUGCUUCAGUGGCAUGUGUCCCCUCCAUCAGCGUCGCCUAUCCUCAGUCUGCAAGUUGGUUCAUGGAUGCCAUCAGAUAGGGGUCUUAACAGGCAGUCAAAACGAAAGGAAGGGCUGGACUGCUUUUGAUUUGAGCUGUCACCAAGACUCAUCAGGCCAUGUGACUUCCUCGCCUCUGGGCUCACCCACCUCCCACCGGGGAAUGCACCCGUCUCUUCUCAGUCCGACGUCCAUGGGGCCCUCCGGCUCCCUUCACUCGCCCAUCAGCACGCUGAGUUCGCCCAUGAACGGUCUAGCUUCGCCCUUUUCCGUCAUCAGCUCGCCGAUGGGCCCCCACUCCAUGAACUCGCCCGGCAUGGGUUACGGCCCCAGCGUCAGCCCCCAGCUGAACUCUCCGAUGAACUCGGUCAGCAGUACAGAGGACAUCAAGCCCCCGCUGGGCCUCAACGGCGUGAUGAAGGUGCCUGCCCAACCCUCAGGCACGGCCCUGUCGCUCACUAAACACAUCUGCGCCAUCUGUGGUGACCGCUCCUCAGGUAAACACUAUGGGGUAUACAGCUGUGAGGGCUGCAAAGGUUUCUUCAAAAGGACAGUACGCAAAGACCUGAGCUACACCUGUCGCGACAACAAGGACUGCGUCAUCGAUAAGCGUCAGAGGAACCGCUGCCAGUACUGCCGCUACCAGAAGUGUUUAGCCAUGGGCAUGAAGAGAGAAGUUUUGUUACAUGCAGCCGUUCAGGAGGAGCGCCAGCGAGCCAAGGACAGAAAUGAGAACGAGGUGGAGUCAACCAGCUGCGCCAACGAGGACAUGCCCGUGGAGAAGAUUCUGGAAGCCGAGCAGGCGGUGGAACCUAAAACCGAGACCUACAUCGAGACCAACCUCGGUGUGCCAUCCAACUCGCCUAAUGACCCAGUGACAAAUAUCUGUCAGGCGGCCGACAAACAGCUCUUUACUUUGGUGGAGUGGGCCAAGAGGAUCCCCCACUUCUCUGAGCUGCCACUGGACGACCAGGUCAUCCUUCUACGAGCAGGUUGGAAUGAACUCCUCAUUGCAUCAUUUUCGCACCGUUCGAUAGCGGUUAGAGACGGGAUUCUGUUGGCGACCGGGCUGCACGUCCACCGCAACAGUGCCCACAGUGCCGGAGUGGGAGCCAUCUUUGACAGAGUGCUCACAGAACUGGUGUCUAAAAUGAGGGACAUGCAGAUGGAUAAGACAGAACUGGGGUGCCUUCGAGCUAUAGUCCUUUUCAACCCAGACUCUAAAGGUCUGUCCAACCCAGGUGAAGUAGAAGCUCUGAGAGAGAAAGUCUAUGCGUCUUUAGAGGCCUACUGCAAACAGAAGUACCCCGAGCAGCCCGGCAGAUUCGCCAAGCUGUUGCUGCGGUUACCGGCGCUGCGCUCCAUCGGCCUCAAGUGCCUGGAGCACUUGUUCUUCUUUAAGCUCAUUGGCGACACGCCCAUCGACACCUUCCUCAUGGAGAUGCUAGAAGCCCCGCAUCAAAUGACAUAAUAGCAGAGAGGGUGGAGCCCUCCUCACCCUCUUCUUCUUCUCCCUCCUCCCCUCCUCCUCCUCCUCCGCAUGGAUCGGGAGCAGGGUCCUUUUUAAAGAAAAACAACCCCAUCUCCAGCAAAGGGACAGAUCAUGUGACGACUGUGGACAGAGAACCUGUCCCUACCUCCCAUCCACACCCUCUCCUCCUCCUUCCAUCCUCCCUUUUUUGAUGUGUUUCGAAAAAACACAAAUUCAUGUGUAUGGGUCUGUUUUAUACCUUGUAAAAAUAUAUAAAUAAGAAAUAUAUAUAUGAAAAAUCUCACGACAACACGAGUGACAGCAGUGGACUGAGACGAGGACGGACAGAGGACAAAAGAAACGUAUUGAGCCAUCGUUUUUCGUCUGUGCUUUUCCUACACCUUGGCAAGAGAAAGCAGAGAUGAUGGGGGGGGUUUUAACAUCCACAGUUUUGCUUGCAGGUAUAUUAAUGAUAACAAAAAAAAAGACAAAAAACGGCGGUGAUGUCAUAUUCGGACACUCAGCGUUGUGAUCGGGACAAUCGUGGACUUGCGGAGAGCCUCGGGUGGUCUAGAAUUGGACCUGAGCCCUCUCUUGUCUUUCAGGACUGAACUUACUUUGGGGGAAGGGACGGCGGUGGCGGGGGGAAGAAAAGAAAAAAAAACACGUCCGGGAACUCAUCUUGUUCCUGCCUGACUCGACUGAACACGUCAGGUCUUGCACUAGCUGUUUUUGAAGUGUGAGCUUUCUGGAACAGAACUCAGAGAGGUGGGUUAACAAGACUGCAAGUACUCAAAAAAAAAAAAGCUCAGGUCUCUGCCCAAUUCCAACAAAUACAACCAUGUCUUACUCUGUUAGCACUGUGCAACAUCUGGGGAGGAUGGUAAUAUUAGUCCACUAAUCAGCCCUGCAGUUAAUGUAUCGAUUGAUCCAGGAGUUGGGGGAGCUUGUAAUGUACAAUCGGCGCAGUUCUUGUGCACACAGGAAGAAACCAGGCUCUGUUGUAAAAAAACAAAACAAAGAAAAAAACAUAGUCUCACGUUAGCUUUAUGCUACGUCACUGGAUGCCGUGGCGACCAGCAGGUGCAGGAACAAGUUUUUGUCAUCCUGUUUUGAAAAGUUUUGGUCUUUUUUUAUGGUGAUCACAGCAACCUUUAGGACGGCUGGAAACGUGAACGCGCACUCUAGUUCCGGUUUGGGGCGAAUCGUUCCCAAGAUGAGCCUCUGAGCUCCUCUCCGUCCCCUCUCCGACCCCUUUCCGACCCCUACCCGCCUCUCAUUUCAUGUGAAUUUCAGCACACCAUUUUACACCUCCACACUCAAGAACUCUCCCACCAUCACCCCCCUCCCGCUCCCAACGCAGCAGGCAGCAGCUUUCUCUAACCCACCUCGUAUCUACCUGUACAGAAAGUUACAACCAUAUACAGUAUUGACAUCAUUUUUUUAGUUUUUAUCCAUUUAACAACAGCACAAUUACCUCUGUUUCCAUCCCUCCUCGGUUCUUCACACACCCUUUUUUUUUUUUUUUGGACGUAAAAACCCUUUACAGUAUGCGGGAGAAGCGCUUAUCGUUGCAGCAGAGCCAUUAUUUGUUUAUUUGUUUGUUACUUGGCACUUAACCUCAUGACAGUGGAGUCGGGUUUCCUAAAACAGAGAGCUGAUGUCGACGCGUUCAACCCUCUGAGGUGGAUCUUCGGCGCCAGGUUGUUCUUCAAUCGCUCUCUCUGCACUUCUCUGGACAACCAAGUGUCAUUCAAGUCGAACUGAAAAUGUUGAAUAUCUCCAUGUUAUGUAUAAAUAUGCUUUAUGCCCAUAUUCUGCUUUUUUUUUUUUUUUCCUCCCCUUACCUUUUUAUCUAAAUGCUGCAGCUGCUGCGAAACUAUGCAUCGAGUGCAUUUCCAAAGAUUGUCCACAGAGCAGGUGCAUGUUGGUGUGGCUUAAACUGGUCUGAUAUUUUGGUGUUGGUAUCUCGGUUAGGUGUGGGUCCCCUGUAAUAUUCUCACAAACAGGAGUGAAUAUUUUCUAGACAUUUUUUCUUCUUCUCCCUCUGCUACUCAGAUAUUUGAUAGUCAUUCCGCACUGAUUUACUCACCCUUGACUGAUUAUCGGCUCAAAUGGAGAACAAGAGGCUGUUGGCCUUCAUUCGCCACUGUAUUAAUGGAGCUGUGGAGCAAAGUGGGGUUUAAUGACAUGUUAAUCAACAAGUAUAGCAGAAUGUGAUAUGAGGAAAAACACUAAAAAGAGAUUUUCACCACUCUUUCAUAAGCACCUUGACAGUGUCUGAACCCCAAGAAACAAACCUGAGCGUUUUCAUACUGAUGGUUAACAGUCUGAGCUGUAUGGAGUCUCGAAUGUGCCAAAAGAAUAAUCGAUUUUAAUCAGUUCAUAAAUUUGAUACAUUUAACAAAAUACUAAUUAGAUUGGUGUGAAAAGCAAAAAUAAGAUCAUUUAAAGACCGUGUAAAGUGAAUUCAGACAUUUUCUUCUAAACACAUUAAAUAGGGCAUACAUUUAUUUCUAAAAAAGGUGUAAAAAGCAUUUCAAUCAUUUAGAUCUGAAUUGUGGAGCUAGGCUUCACAAACUGUGUUUCAAGAUUUCUGUGUCUGGAUUUAUUGGGCGGGUCUGAAAAUCUCUGCCGCCGGUAACCAAUAGCACGGUUACACACCGGAGCAUAAACCCGCCCCUGCUGCUGUAGAGGUAUAAAUACAUUCAGUGCACACUACUACUACAGUUUACAGUUAGCCAGUUAGCUGAGUUAGCCGCCGAGUUAGCCACCGAGCUAGCCGCCGAGUUAGCCACCGAGCUAGCCGCCGAGUUAGCCACCGAGCUAGCCGGCGAGUUAUCAGCUGAAUUAGCCACCGAGCUAGCCGCCGAGCUAGCCGCUGAGUUAUCAGCUGAGUUAGCCGCCGAGCUAGCAGCUGAGUUAGCAGCAGAAAGCUCUCAGGCCUAGCGUCCAUGUUUCUGUUAGAGGUGGUGACUUUGAUUGACAGGUGACACUUGGUAGGGGGCGGGGUUUCAGCAAACUCGGCGGCCACUCCCACAGCGUUUGGGAGAAGAGAUAUAGGCAGACUUUUACACAACUUUGAAACCUGAUUUCAUAUAUUUGGCGAUUUUUUAAUCAUUCAAAUUUUGCAGGGUGGUUAACAACACACUUUUCUGAGGUAUGUCAAACUCAGAACACAUAUUUAUUUUUACUUUACGCUGACUUUAAUUUCUUUUUAAAUGAUGAAUUAAUAUCGAAUUGAAUUUUAAAAAUGGAUUUGUAAUACAGAUUUUUUGUAAAUAUACAUUUUUUACUUUUUUUAAUAUUCCAUUUACUGCUUUCAUGUUCCACCAUAUGACUCAUUCGUCUCCUGCUUAAAAAUUUACAGUUUACCUUCUGUGCUCGCUCUCAUUAAAGCACUAAAAAUCAAAUGAAGUCCAAUCCACAGAGCAGCAACAGGAGCUUUUAUUGGCCAGCUGUUGCACAGGUGGCAGGAGUGGUUUAUAAGAUGAGAGCUCCAUUUUCUAAUUUCUUUCCUAAAUGUUUUGGCUUAUUAAUUGGUGAAAAUAAAGUCUAAAAAAAGUCUAAUUAUUCUGGUAGCACAGUUAAGACUCUAUAGGCUUUUGGUUUCUGACCAAGACAGCAGUGAUACAAUGGCCAUGUGUACAUUUUUCUCUAUGAUUAGGGACCAAUUUCACAGACGGGAGGUAAAUCCACCAUCUGUGAAACGGAUCCCCAGACACCCAAUGAUCUCUUCCCUUGGAAGAGGGAAAAAAAGAGCAGAGAGCUGCUUCAGAUGCCAGCUCUGAAAAUGUCAGUUUCUGCACACCUCGAGCAGGACUUUAACAUUUACUUUCAGUCAGAUGAGUUCAGGCGAGAGCAAGCGAUGGAUGAGCUGUUAGCUCCCUCCAGUGGAAGGGAAGCAGCGCUGCAACAUCACUUGAUUUUUUUUUUUUGUCUACAGACAGAAAGAUGGCACUUUGUCACAGCGUUAUUACAUUCAUGUUCCUUUUCGCUAAAAAAAACCCCCACAGCACCUGUGCUUGUGCUUGUUAAGACUGAAAAAGGAGCAAUAACCUUGUUUUAUUAUGACUCAGCAGUUUCAGUGAGGCUGUAUUAUUACAAAAACUAUCCAGGUGACAGUAUUGACUGCCAGCUCGAGCUCAGUUUACAGUAUUUAUAUUCUGGAAGAAAUGAUACAUGUCAUUGUUUGUCUGUUAAAAACACAAAAACUUUGGAAUCAAGAGAAGCAGAAAAAAUUAUACCUUUUUUUGACAGGGUGACCCCCAAUCCUCCUGCUCUCUACAAGCCUGAUGUCUCCUCCUCUUAGUUUACUGUGACUGGUGAGCGCAGGUUAUCUUAAGCCAUAAAAUGUGGAUGAUGUGCAAGCUCACCCCCCCCCCCCCCCCCCCCCCACCUCCCCUUACCCUCCUUUUGCAGGAAAUGGACAGACAAGGGUCUUCUUGACAAGAUAAAAGAACAGAUCACCCACGUAGAAUGAUUACCUACAUGAAUGCUUUAUAACAUAAAGCUAUAUUUUGUUAAUAUGUAUAUGUGUAUAUAUUUAUAAAUAUAUAUCAGCAAAUCUGUUCCUUGAGUAUUUCCAAUAUUGAAAGAGGGAGACAAGUGUUUCAGACCAAACCGUUCCGCACCAGGUGUUCUUCAACUCGGAGGUUUACCGUGUUGUUUUGUUUUUCUCUCAACUAUUUGAGGGUUUUGGGUUUUUUUGCAUUAUGACUUUAUAAAAAAAUUAAUUUCGAUCAACCAGCAGAAUCCCAGCAGCUCUAAACUCAAAAAGAACCAGCUUGUCAGCAGUUUAUGGGACCUCAAAAAUCUACGAAAGAUGACAAAAAAAAGAAGAAAAAAAAAAAAGGUUAAGACUUUAAAACCCUCCAAAAUGUAUGUGUUGCUUGGCAAUUGUAUGUUCAAAAAAAUGUAAUCAGGAAAAGCUGAUCGUGUGACACAAUCACUGCUUUCUUUGUUGCAUAGACAGUAAAAAUGUUCAAGUAAAUAGAAAAAAAAAAAGGAAAAAAAAACACUUGAAAAAGAUCUAUUUUUGUACAAAGGUAAUUUUAUCCCUUGCUUAUGUACUUUGUUCUUUCCCCUUUUUUUCUUCUGUGGGCUGUUGUAUACGUUUGUGGAAAAGCUUAUUGGAAGAGGCGAGAAGAGAAAUGUUUCAGAUUGAAAAGCGAGCGGUGAGAGGAGCAGUUUGGCUUUGGCACCUUGGUAACUGUGUCGCCUUUACUUUGCCAUUUUCCAACCCUGUCGCCGCAAGACGGGGAAUGUCUUCUUUCAUUAUAUUUUUUUGUUGUCUAUUUUCAAAAGGAGAUUGGAUUUUUUGUCAUCUGUUCUUUGUGGGUUGUUCUCUGAUGUUCUAUCUUUCAUGGACAGAAAGGUUAUUAAAAAAAACUUUAAAGUGAA